GAGGAGGCAGCCAUUUUGGAUGCUGAGCGCCGAGACGGAAGUCGGCCUGGGCUGUUUUCUCGCUGGGAUUCGAUCAGGAGAAAAAGCACAGCAUGCUGGGCUCUGGAUUUAAAGCUGAGCGUUUACGAGUGAAUUUGAGAUUAGUCAUAAAUCGUCUUAAACUGUUGGAGAAAAAAAAAACUGAACUGGCCCAGAAAGCAAGGAAGGAAAUCGCUGACUAUCUGGCUUCUGGGAAGGAUGAACGUGCUCGGAUCCGAGUGGAGCACAUCAUCCGGGAAGACUACCUUGUGGAGGCCAUGGAGAUCCUGGAGCUGUACUGUGACCUGCUGCUCGCCCGGUUUGGGCUCAUCCAGUCUAUGAAGGAGCUGGAUUCUGGUCUAGCUGAGUCCGUGUCUACACUGAUUUGGGCUGCUCCUCGACUCCAGUCAGAAGUGGCCGAGUUGAAAAUCGUUGCUGAUCAGCUCUGUGCCAAGUAUAGCAAGGAAUAUGGCAAGUUAUGUAGAACCAACCAGAUCGGAACUGUGAAUGACAGGCUAAUGCACAAGCUGAGUGUGGAGGCUCCACCUAAAAUCUUGGUGGAGAGAUACCUGAUUGAAAUUGCCAAGAAUUACAAUGUACCCUAUGAGCCUGACUCAGUGGUCAUGGCAGAAGCACCUUCCGGGGUAGAGACAGAUCUGAUUGAUGUUGGCUUCACAGAUGAUGUGAAGAAAGGUGGCUCUGGAAGAGGUGGAGGUGGUGGUGGUGGGUUCACUGCACCAGUUAGUGGACCUGAUGGAACAGUGCCAAUGCCCAUGCCCAUGCCUAUGCCUAUGCCCAUGCCAUCUCCUGGGUCUCCUUUCUCAUAUCCACUUCCUAAGGGACCUUCGGAUUUCAAUGGAUUGCCAGUGGGAACUUAUCAGGCCUUUCCUAAUAUUCAUCCACCUCAGAUACCAGCAACUCCCCCAUCGUAUGAAUCUGUUGAUGACAUUAAUGCUGAUAAGAAUGUUUCUUCUGCACAGAUUGUUGGUCCUGGGCCCAAGCCAGAAGCCUCUGCCAAGCUUCCUUCGAGACCUGCUGAGACCUGUGACAACUUUGUACUUCCUGAGCUGCCCUCUGUGCCAGACACACUACCCACUGCAUCUGCUGGUGGCAGCACCUCAGCUUCUGAAGACAUUGACUUUGAUGAUCUCUCCCGGAGAUUUGAAGAGCUUAAAAAGAAAACAUAGGCCUUUAAACUAGGAAACUUCCAGGUUCUGGAAAUUGGGACUAAGCACCUCCUCCUUGUAACAAAGAAUCUCCAUGAAAUUCCGUUUCAUCUAUUAAUCAUCACUGAGUGUACUCUUCCAAUGGGCUCUCUUCCUGCUUUACCAAAUUCUGCCACUGUCCAGUUCUCUUGCGCCUGAGACACUAACGCCUGGAGACUCCAGCGCAGCUGACUGUUGGCAGCUGUGCUUGUCCAUUUCCUGCCAGUAUGACCCAGGUUCGCUCCUGACCUGUCCCACAGCCCCAACACAGGAGAGUGAGAAGGCCCAAAGCAUUGUGGACAGAGCUGCAAUCAAUGGCUGUUAGAAACAAGCCAGCCCUUCUCUGCAAAGGGAUUUGUGAUGAGAGAGAACCAAGGCCAAGGUGUGUUUUCUUGCCCUCUGAUGUUAAUAGGGGAGAGAGAGAAUGACUCAGGAAGCCCUUGUAACAGUUUUGGAAAUGGGGCCCUCUCAUUGGCAUGUACAAUGCUCCUUGCUGCAGGGCACGGUUCCACCUGGAUCCAGUUGCAAAGUUUAGUGGGAAAGUUAAUGGCCUCUCUUAGUUCUACUGGAUUCUCAGGGAGCCCUCUGUGGCCUUUUUGCUCUGUUUCCUUUUGACCAGAGGCAGCACUGUAAAUUCCUCUUUUUUCCUUAUAGCAUCAUCUGUUGGAUUUUAUCACUGGCAGAAGGAUGGGCCACAUGUUGGGCAGGAAUUGCCAUUCAAGGCUAGGGUGGGCUUCCAGCUGCCUUAAUAGAAGUACCCAAGUCUCUCUCGGGUAGUGAGCUGGGAUGUCUACAGGAAAAGACAGGUGCCUGUUUUCAUUUGAAAACUUUAUGACUGAGUGAAACUUUAAAAAACGGAUCUCACAAUUUUGUUUGGUGCCCAUGUGGCUGUAGUUGUUCAGCUGCUUGCUUCCCAGGGUGGAUGAGCUGCUCACUGUUGCAACUUCCGUGCUCUUUUACUCCCUGCCCAAGACCACUUGUCUCCAUGCGAGUGGCAUUGGGAUUGGAAGAUGGGCUUUCUCUUCAGUACAGUGUCUGUGCAUACUUGUUUUAAGCAACUUUUCGUUAUGGUUUCUGAUUGGUUUGUAUUUCACAGCUUGGUAGCUGCUAAUAAAAUGAAAGACUCUACUCUUCUCACCCUGUUGUUUGGUCAAAUAGUGGACAAGAGACUCUACUGUUCUCACCUUGCUGUCUGGCCAAAUGGUGGACAAGUUUAGAUUUGAGUAGAUUGUUCUUUAAGCAAAUAGCCUGUGCUGGUGCAGGAGUCCAACGCAUAUUGGCUCCAUCAGAAGAGAAACCCGUUUGACUUGCGUGAUUAAGCCCAGAUAACAUCUGUGAGUUUGCUCAUUCACUGUCCUGACAGAGGUCCCCUCAGCUAAACUUUGCAUCAUCUUUAUUUUUGAUAAGCUUCAAUAAGCUCCCUUUUUAAAAUACCAUUUCCUUCUGCCGUCUCGUUACAAGGGAUGGUCAGGUUCCGUUACUGGGUGGCAGAGCUUAUUUCACCUGUAUCAUUCUGGCAGUGUUAGCUCUGCUCUGAGAGUGCCAAUGGCCAAAACUUACCAACUUUGAACCCAGGUGAUUUGAUUCCUGAUUUACAGAAUUAAGAACAAAGUACAGAAUAGACAUCCGUAACAUUUUUAAGUCAUGCCAUGCAAAGAUAGAUUUUAAUACAGUAAGAAGUAAGCUCAGGAAGGAGGUAGCAGGAUUAAGAGAGGCCAUCACCUGGAACCUCAGAGGCAGGGCCAAUUGCUGGCAUGGUGGCUUGCUUAGUUAGACCAGGGCAUGUUCUGAUGCUGUUGUAGCCCUAGCAAACGUGAGACUUUUCGUAGCAGUAUAUCAAUCAGUGCAGCUUCUUAAUCUGUUUGAGGAUGAGAAGGAAAAUGGGAAAUCAUUGAUACUGGAGGGAAAAAGGACUGACAAUGCAAAAUUAAUUCCUUUAAUGAUUGGCUGUCAAGUUGCAGUGAUCCUUCAACUGAGUUGAGGUCUGAAUUUUGUAGGACAGAGAGUAUAGAACAGAAUGUCGAAUGGUCAAUUGGGUUUUCUGAGAAAAUGGUUAGCAGAGGCAUGGAGACCAAUAAAGGAAAUAUGAUGUUGCUAUGUUUUAACGUCCGUUUGUAAUUUAAGACCUUGUUUGAGGGUAAGUCAAAAAGUAUUGCUAUAAAAUAGUUUGUUAAAACAAAAAUGAAGCCACUUUUCAACAUAACCACCAUCUAGUUGUAUACACAUUUGAAGGCAAUAUUUCCAUCCCUUUUCCUUAAGAAUUCUGCGUUCUUCAGUUUACAAAAAGGCAGUUAGUUUGGGUGUCUUUGAAGCACUUAAAUUGUGUUCUUUUCAAUGUUCUUGCAGUUGAGGGAACAAAAGGAAGUCUGAAGGAAUAAUAUCAGGGCUGUUGGAUGGAUAGAGUAAGGCUUCCCAACAAAACCUUCAAAGAAUGGGGAGGUGCGUGCAUUAUUGUGAUGGGGAAAAGGCCUCAGGAUUGUCCUGUAUCCUUGGAGAAAAUCUAUCAAGGCUACCCUUUGGGAAACCUUAAAACCAGUUGCCAUAGCCUGAACUGACCUAUCUGCCUUAACAGAAUUGAACUGGGCCAGCAGAUUUCCCUUGGAAGCCACUGGUGGGGGUUUUGUUUGUUUGUUUUUAGAGGACACUCUAACAAGCCUAAGACAAUGUAUUACUCAGAACUUGUCUGCAGCCAUUCACUGACCACACUUGUUAAACAUGUUUCGUUUGGGAUAAAUCUGUGGGUAUAUGAACUUCAACCCUAGUAGCAACAUUUUUAAUUAAAGUUUUCACUUUAAUGUAUAAGAUCAUGAUUCAAUAUCUUUAAAUGACUGAGCUAUUGAGUUACCUUAAGAGACUUCCUUUCUUUUCCAAAGGCCAUUAGGAUGGCAGAAACAAAAAGGUUAAUGACGACAAGUACCAUCGAGAUGACGCCAGUAAAGAUCAGAAAAGAGCCCAGGACCGGGUCUAAAGCAAUAACCUGGAAAGACAAAACACUGAUAUAAUACUGAAGGACUGGCUGCUUUGUUUCUGCUUUCAAAACACAAGUUACCAGCUAAUGUGUGGGAUCUUUAUACAAAAACGUUAUGUAUGGUGGAAAUUAAAGGAAAGCCAAAAGAAUCUUUAAAAAGGGAAAUACUUUCAAGUGGACAGACCAGCACAGUGGCUGACAUCAAAGGAUGUUAAAAUAAUAGUAAAUUUCAGGCCUUCCCACCAAAUUGGGAAUUAUAAAUUACUAAAAUCCCAUUUGGGUGUUGGCAGUUCUGGAAAAUGUAAACAUGAAAGCUUCAAGGAGCAGCAAAAGGCAUGUUUAAAGAGUAAAUAUAUGCUAGAAAUAAUGAGACAAUUGUCUCUGCCAAGCCAAGAAACUUUGGAACACAGGAAUAUUCCAAUAAAAUUUAACAGUUGUAGAAAAACA